GCCCCCUUUGAGAAACCCGUGGCACGGAGGCGCCCGCAGCCGCACUCGCCAGCGACUCAUCCCUCCGGCGGGUUUUUGUGUGCCGGUCGCGUGCGAUCCCCACACUCAUGAACAUACACAGGUCCACCCCCAUCACAAUAGCGAGGUAUGGGAGAUCGCGGAACAAAACCCAGGAUUUCGAGGAGCUGUCGUCUAUAAGGUCCGCCGAGCCCAGCCAGAGUUUCAGCCCGAACCUCGGCUCCCCGAGCCCGCCGGAGACCCCGAACUUGUCGCAUUGCGUUUCCUGCAUCGGGAAAUACUUAUUGUUGGAGCCUCUGGAGGGGGACCGCGUUUUCCGCGCGGUGCAUCUGCACAGCGGAGAGGAGCUGGUGUGCAAGGUGUUUGAUAUCAGCUGCUACCAGGAGUCCCUGGCCCCGUGCUUUUGCCUGCCUGCCCACAGCAACAUCAACCAAAUCACCGAAAUCAUCCUGGGGGAGACCAAAGCCUAUGUGUUCUUCGAGCGGAGCUAUGGAGACAUGCACUCCUUCGUCCGCACGUGCAAGAAGCUGAGGGAGGAGGAGGCGGCCAGACUGUUCUACCAGAUCGCCUCCGCCGUGGCCCACUGCCACGACGGGGGGCUGGUGCUGCGUGACCUCAAGCUCCGGAAAUUCAUCUUCAAGGACGAAGAGAGGACCCGGGUCAAGCUGGAAAGCCUGGAAGAUGCCUACAUUCUGCGGGGAGACGAUGACUCGCUCUCCGACAAGCACGGCUGCCCGGCGUACGUGAGCCCGGAGAUCUUGAACACCAGCGGCAGCUACUCGGGCAAGGCCGCCGACGUGUGGAGCCUGGGCGUGAUGCUGUACACCAUGUUGGUAGGGCGGUACCCUUUCCAUGACAUUGAGCCCAGUUCCCUCUUCAGCAAGAUCCGGCGCGGCCAGUUCAACAUUCCAGAGACGCUGUCGCCCAAGGCCAAGUGCCUCAUCCGGAGCAUCCUGCGGCGGGAGCCUUCCGAGCGGCUGACCUCGCAGGAGAUUCUGGACCAUCCUUGGUUUUCCACAGAUUUCAGCGUCUCCAGUUCAGGAUAUGGUGCUAAGGAGGUGUCUGACCAGCUGGUGCCGGAUGUCAACAUGGAAGAGAACUUGGACCCUUUCUUUAACUGAGCUCACGCCCCACAGAGACUGGGCUGGUACCGGAGCGGCAGAGGGCAGCGAAGGGACUUCCUCCAGGGACCGCACGUCACCUGGCUCCGUAGCAGGAAUGACACUGACACUCACAGGUUUCUUGGUUCAAAGAAGGAAAACCGUCAAGGAGCUGACUGAACAUGUAGCAUGGGGACGA